GCUCGCGAGCGCCAUGUCUGUCCCGCAGCAGAGGAAGACAGUCUCAGCGAGUGAAGAGCGCUGCGAGAAAGUCAAGAGACUCCGCGCUCAGCAUCCGCGGCAAGGACGGAGAAACGCGUUCGAGGGGUCUGUUCCGCCACCGACUCCCCGGUCCGUAGAUCGUCGUGUCGAUCCGCAACAGAGGGCCGAGGCGCGGAGAUCAGGGAAGCCUCCUCCAAGGACUCGCUGUCGUUGAGAAUCGCGCAUUAUGGGAAACGCAGCUACUGCCAAGAAAGGCAACGAACUGGAGAGCGAGACUUUUGUGAAAGAGUUUCUAGCCAAAGCCAAAGAAGAUUUCUUGAGGAAAUGGGAAUCACCACCACAGAGCACAACUGGUUUAGAUGACUUCGAACGACUGAAGACGCUGGGCACGGGCUCUUUUGGGAGAGUCAUGCUGGUUAAACACAAGGCUACAGAUCAGUUCUAUGCCAUGAAGGUUCUGGACAAACAAAAGGUGGUGAAGUUGAAACAAGUGGAGCAUACGCUAAAUGAGAAGAGAAUAUUACAAGCAGUAUCCUUCCCGUUCCUCGUCAGAUUGGAAUAUUCCUUCAAGGACAACUCUAAUUUGUAUAUGGUGAUGGAGUAUGUACCAGGAGGGGAGAUGUUCUCACAUCUUCGACGAAUCGGACGGUUUAGUGAACCGCAUGCACGGUUUUAUGCUGCACAGAUUGUCCUGACUUUUGAGUACCUCCACUCACUAGACCUCAUCUACAGAGACCUGAAACCUGAAAACCUACUCAUCGACCAGCAUGGAUAUAUACAGGUAACAGACUUUGGUUUUGCAAAAAGAGUAAAAGGCAGAACCUGGACUUUAUGUGGAACUCCGGAGUACUUGGCGCCAGAGAUCAUCCUCAGCAAGGGAUACAACAAGGCUGUGGACUGGUGGGCCCUCGGUGUUCUCAUAUAUGAAAUGGCAGCUGGAUAUCCCCCAUUUUUUGCAGACCAGCCUAUACAGAUCUAUGAGAAGAUUGUGUCUGGAAAGGUACGAUUCCCCUCGCACUUCAGUUCUGAUCUGAAAGAUCUGUUGAGGAAUCUGCUGCAGGUGGACCUGACCAAGCGCUUCGGAAACCUGAGGAAUGGUGUCAGUGAUAUCAAAAACCACAAAUGGUUUGCCACAACGGAUUGGAUAGCCAUCUAUGAGAGAAAGGUGGAGGCGCCGUUCAUACCGAAGUGCCGAGGUCCUGGAGACACAAGCAACUUUGAUGACUAUGAAGAGGAAGACAUUCGUGUAUCUGUUACAGAAAAAUGCGCAAAGGAGUUCUCCGAGUUUUAGUUACGGACACAUCAAAGCUAGACAUAUAUGCAUAUAUACAUAUAUUUACUUCUCUAUAUAUGUAUAUGUGUGUGUGUGCAUCACACAACACCUCAAAUAAGGGUAUCUUUGCACUCUAAAGACAUGGGAUGAGCAGAGAGCACAUCACCGUCAGAGUUCUUGUGUACUUCCUUCAUUCCAUCGGGCUUUAGAGGUCACCGGGGCUCUCAUGCUCUUAACCAUCAUGCACUGGCACAUCAGUUCACUCUCUUCCACUCUCUGACCUGUUUGGCAUUGUGUUCCCCAUUUUAAAGCUUAUUUUUUGACAGAUGUUUAAGUAUGGCAUUACAAACACAAAGGCCAAUUCAGCAUUGUUACACCAGUUUUGUUGUUGUUGUUCGUGGCGGCGUCAUACAGUGUUGUUAUUUGAAUAAUUUGACGUUGCCUGUACCUAUUGGCAUUUUUUUUUUUUUUUUUUUUGGGGUGUUACACAUCCAUGUCCUCCUCAUUUUUUCAUCUUUAGACCAAAACAACUGACAAAUUUUUCAGGUCUCUUUUUUUUUUUUGGUUACAUGUGCAAAUCUGUCGAAUUCAGAGCAUUUUUAAUUUUAUUUAAACCACGUUGUGUGUUGAAAGCAUGACCAAAACCAUCGUGUUGUGAACGGCAGAGGAAGAGGUCUUAACUCUUCUUUAUUACAGAGCCCACAGAAUGAUUGCGUUGCAGAUGUUACAGUGAUCUUUAUAUCACGAUGUUACAGUUAAAGGUCCAGUCUCAUGCAUAUACUGACAGAUGUUGUUAGCAAUAUAAAACAUAUCUUAUUUUACCACUUUUGUGCAUUUUUAUUCAUUAUACAGAGGUUUUAUUCUGAAAUAGGAGAUAAAACCUUUAAAAGUCAUUUUAAUGAGUGCUGUUUAUCAUCUGAUGUUUAAGAAAAACGGCAAAUGCAUUGGUGCAACUGCUGUGGGAUGAGUUAGAUUAUCACAGCGAGGCACUUAUCAGUUACAUAUCAGUUUUUGUCACCGGUUUUAAUUAGUCAAUGUUGAAGCUGUUUUGCAAAGUUCUCUCUUAACUGAAAAUUGUAAAACUGCCAAAACUCUGUUGUCUCCUCCUCCAUUGUUGCUGUUGAACUUUUGUCGUUCUUUUAUUCGUAUGACCGAAUGUAGAGUUGAAACUUCUAGAUAUGCAUAUUGUUUGAGUUUUGAGGUACAUUCUCACAGACAUAUACUAAGAAACUGACUAUGUUACAAAGAAAGAGAGAAAAAACAGAGGUUAGUAAGCCUCUUCUCCUUUGUAUCACCUAUAAUCCAGUUAUUGUUCGGCUCAUAAUGCGUAUAUGCAUUAUUUCUUAUAAAUGUUUUUAUUUAUACACACAUUAGAGAGAUGCUAAUAAAUUUUAUUUUUAAGA